AGCGUUCAGUUUUGAUAAAGACAUCGAACCGUGCGGUGCUCAGCUCGUUCGAAAAGGAUCGGAACAUAGCGCUGUGUGUUCCACUGUUCGUCGUCUUGCGGUUUCACGCUGCGAGUAAGUGAGUGAGAGUGUAUACGUGGGUAUGCGCGAGUGUGUGUGUAUCUGAGAGGGUAUCAGUGUGGUUUUACGUCGGUGAUUUGUGGUUUCUAUAGAGCUUUGCCCUCCGCCGUUACGCACGACUCUAAACAACGCCGGACGGUGUAAGUUUUAUCCGCGCUCGCGCUCGUUUUUUCACCUUCGAAAGGCUGUGCAGCAGUGUUGCGGUGCGACGAACGCGUAUCCUGCCCAGAGAGAAAAGCAAGGAGAGGAGGGGAUCGGAUUCUGCUGCCUGUGCCGCAAGCAUUCCAGAAUAGUUUCCGAAUACUUCCGCGCAACAUCAAAGCGCAGAACUUCGGAUGCGGAUCGAAUCGUCCUCGGAGCCGUACAAAAACGGAAUGGGAAAAGUUAAUUACGUACUGUAAUUAAUUUCACACCGGGAAGGCCAGCACUGGUAGUGAGCGCACAUUUAAAAAAAGAAUCUUCAUCACAUUUCAUCAGCGGAAGGUCAACGCGUUCGGCAUUAAUGUAAAACACAUUUCGCCAUCUCAUCCUUCGGUACUACCGUGCAACAACUCGCGCGCAAAAAAAAAUCUCAUAGAAUUAAGCCAUCCCGUGCUAUUUAAAGCGCAAACUUCCGUCUCGCCAGGAAGUGUCAGGAUACGGCCGGGCAUCGGGCACCAGUUCUAAUUUGAAACACGAAGGUCCAUCAAAACGAGCGAUUCGCAAAGAUCCUCGUACCCAAUUCACGCCGGUUCCAUUUUUAUAUUGUUUCACCUUUUACCAAAUCAAAAGCCCCCCAGCAGUUACGCCGACCCGAACGACCGUAAAAGGGAUAAUGAGCCUUGAGGUGGAAUGAUGAUUCAGGCUCAAUAUUAAUCAUACCUUUCUGGUCUACGGUUUGCUGGACGUAUCAGUGCCAGUGCGGGGAAAGGAAGCAGCGGACUCGAACGACUCCAUACGCACGUCUACCGGGAAAUGCAAAGCAGGACUCGCUCCGUUGAGCUGGCCGUUUGAUUGAGCUGGAGAAACUUUUACACGAAGCAAGCAACGGAGAACCUGGCAUAGCUUGCUUCUCUUCUGUACGUGGACAAACACACACAGUCGAAGCACGGAGUGGGCCGAAAUUAAAGCAAAACAUACACCUUCCUGUACAUAGACGCGGAUCGCAAGCCUCUACCCCAGCUACUAAUUACCGACUCUGGCGAUAUUUUGCUCCGGAGCCGGUAGUGAUUCCCACCGCAAAAGGAACGCUCUGCUGACGCUGACAUUGGCCGACAGGGCGGAAGGGGCAGAACCUGCUCGCCUGGGUCGGUUACUCACACGACGUUUCGACGGUUGUCGCCCGCAGUGUCCAAGCAAGCAGUCAACAUUCCGCUAUUUCAAUUAAAUGUUAUGCCGGCCGCGACCAUGUUUUCCAAGUUCAAAAGUGCCACCACCAGUGCGCCGCCCCAAAACCCCUACGAUAACAAUCCCAUCACGCAGUACUUUGAAAUUGGAAAACAGGUCGCCUGCGCCGGCCCGGAACUGAUCUGGAAGAUACACGAGGGCUACCGGAAAACGGAUGGCAAGGAGUGCUCGAUCUUUGUGUUCGAAAAGCGGACGGCCGAAAAGCUGCACAAACCAAAGCGGAAGGAGACGGUUACGGAAAUUUUGCGAGCAUCGGUAAAGCAGCUGGAACGAUUUCGGCACCCCAAGAUACUGCAGAUCAUGCACACGGUCGAGGAAAGCUCGGAAACCCUCUCAUUCGCUACCGAGCCCGUCAUCGCCAGCUUGGCCAACAUCCUGGCCUAUCAGGAAGCUGGCGGAACAAUUACAGGGCCACCGAGCACGGGAGCUUCCGGUCAGCACUGCCCGAACAGUGUCGCCACGAACCGGCCAGCCCACGCGAAAGAAUACACGUUCCUCGACAUCGAGCUGAAGUACGGAAUCCUACAGAUCACCGAAGCACUGUCGUUUCUGCACUACUCCGGCCAGGUGAUACACAAAAACGUCUGCCCAUCAUCGAUACUGAUAACGAAAAAGGGCACCUGGAAGCUGGCCGGGUUCGAGUUCACCGAGCGCACCAACGAAACCGACGCAACCGAUCCGGUACCGUGCCAACCCUGGUCGACCAGAGCCUCCAAGCUGGUACAGCCGAACCUGGACUACAUGGCGCCCGAAAUCCAGAUUAACAGCAGCUGCAGCAUACUGAGCGAUAUGUUCUCGCUCGGGAUGGUUAUUUGUGCCAUUUUCAACCACGGCCGUUCGCUGAUACAGUCGGGCAACUCCACCUCGACCUACCUGAAGCAGAUGGAACUGCUAGAUGAGGCAGUGCACAACAUCCUACCCAGGAUACCGAUCCCGCUGCAGGAGGCAACCACAAGGCUAUUGAAAAAAUCGCCCGGAGCUCGCCCAACGGCUCAGCUGCUAACGCUCAUCAAGUACUUCAGCGAUCCAGCCGUACAGGCGCUACAAUUCCUCGAUGUCAUCAACAUGAAGGAUCCGACGCAGAAAACGCACUACUACCGCAGCACCCUCAGAGAAGUUUUACCGUUCAUACCGCGGAAACUCUGGUGGCAACAUAUCUGGCCUAAUCUGCAGCAGGAAAUGCGUGCUGAUGAAGUGCUGGCCGCCGUCUUGCAGCCCGCCCUCACCCUGGUCCAAGAAUCUUCAAACUCGGAAUAUGAAGCAAUCAUUUUACCUACCUUUAAGACUGUUUUUGUAGCUCCAAAAUCUAUACAAGCAACCGUAGCAUUAUUAGAGAACUUACACAUUAUUCUAGAGAAAACACCACGGGAUGAUAUACGGACGGAAGUUUUACCCCUCCUGUUCAACGCGUUGGAAAGCACAACGAUACAGGUGCAGAGUGCCGCCCUGGUAGCGGUUACGAACGUGUACGACUACCUGGACGACAUCACAAUCAAGAAGCUGGUGCUGCCGAAGCUGAAGUCGGUGUUUGAAAAGAACCAAAGCGAUCUGAAAAUCAUGGGCAACGUGCUACAGUGCGUCGAACGUACGCUGGAUAAGCUGGAUAAGUCUCAGAUAAUCGAUGAGGUGCUGCCGCUGCUGCUCGAGGUGCGACUCACCGAUCCGGAUAUUGUGGUGCGCGUCGUCAACAUCUAUCGGAUCAUGCUGUGCGACAAAAAGUAUGGCUUAACGGUUAACAUCAUGGCGACCAAGGUGAUGCCUACGCUGCUACCGCAGACAGUGAAUCCGUCGUUAAAUCUGGAACAGUUUAUGAUACUUCUGGAGGUGCUUCAGGAAAUGCUGGACCAAAUAGAUAGACAACAACGUAACAAAUUGAAGCUGGACAAUCUAUCGCUCCCGUCGCCGGAUCGGCACCGGCCGCUGCGGCACCAGUUCUCCUCGGACAACAUGAACGCGCAGCAGUUUAACAUACCGAACCUACGCAUCGACCAGCGCAAAACGUCGAGCGCCGAGGAUAUGGCACGGAAGAACUCGACAGGAUCGGGUGCUCUAGGUAGCUGGUGGUUCGGCGGCUCGCCGUCCUCGCCGGACAGUAACUUCCUCCGGGUGGUGAACGCAUUCCCGAACCGCCGCCUGUCCGACAACACGCUCAUGACGCCGAAAAUACGCAUCGCGCCAUCUUGUGCUUCGUCUCCGGGUGGAACCCCGGGCGGAGGGCUACCGAUACGACGACACUCGAGCAUUGGUCCGCAGGAACGACGAGGCUCCAACAUCAAUCUGUCACCACCGACUCAGGCUUUCAGCGCUCGAGGGGGCUCCGGUUCGAGCCUUUCUGUGCCUUCCUCAUCCGCUUACGUCGUAAGUUCAAUGGAGAAAACACGAGUGGGAGGCUCGAUGCCGAACACUUCGAGCAGUGUUCCGUUCCUACUGUCGUCGAGCAUGCAAUCGAUCAGGAGCCGUCGUACCUCGACCGUGCUCUCGUCCGGACCGCUCGGUUCCGGUUCCGGUCUGCUUCAACAGCUCGGUUCCGGCAUGGUAAGACAACUGACUGGUUAUGGUGGCUCCGGUGCCGCAAGUCCGGUUCAACAGUCUCUUUUCAAUGGAAAUUCUAGUAGUCAGACUCGAAAUAAUUAUCGACAGCUGUACGCAUUAAUGACCAAAGAUAGAUUCACGAUCAGCAGUAAUAGUAGUACACAGCAAACACCAUCCAAACCGCACGCACCUCUGUCGGCAUCCGCUUCGGCUCUCAACACCUCGUCCACCAGCUCGAUCAGCGGCAGCACCGUCACCGUCAGCACCAUAAAGCUUACCAGCGGGGGAAUCGCAACCAUUACCAAUGCAAACGUUGCGUCCGGGAUGAUGCCCCACUUUACUGCCUCCGCCAUGGUACCGUCGAGUAGUCUGCAGGGCUCCACAACGUCACUAACCACCAACGUAAACCAAUUCGUAAAGUGUCCCUCCCCAGGCAGCACGAUCGGGUCGUCCGUAUGCGCGGGCACAAUUCGACCGGCGACCAGCGCUACGCUGAGUGCAUCCAACGGUGGUCACCCGACGGGUGCGUCAUUUGCGGCGUCCCUUUCCAACCGUAUCACUGCACAGGUUCCCCCACCGACGACACUGCCGAUCGGUGGAAAGCCCGCCCGGUCACCCACCUUUGCAAGCACCGCUCAUCGUUAAUUGCUUCCAUGUGAGGCAUAACCGGCAAAACAAAAACAUCUGAACAGUUUUCUUUUCGAGCUUAACAUGACGGAAAGCUUUUGGCAUGUGCUUUUUUCUUCUUUUUAAAUUAAAAUACACAAAACUAUUGUUGGUAGGGUCUCAAAGCACGCAACAUCAACCCAAACAUUCUAAUUACGAGCUUUAAUUUUGUCAAAUCACAACCUCUAUGUUGCGUUAUUUCUUGAAAAAGCACGGUCCUAUGUUUGCUUUCUAAUCACUUCUCGUACAAGACUUAAAAAUCUUACUCUUUUCUAUUUCUACAAGUUUUAUUUUUUUUAUAGACUCAUGCUACAUUUUUAGAUUUAGAUACGAUAAAUUUUCCCCUUACAAUGCGCUCGAAAACAAUAACAAAAAACUCCAUCGAUUGUACUACUGAUAGGAUAUUUAAGCUUUUGAAUUCUUUGAAUGGUUACCAUUCCCCAAAUUGAUUGACCAUACAAUUCACGUUUUGAACACACAAAGAGGCUAUAGACACAAACCAGGCAACAGAGUUCUCGUGAAACCAAUUAACGAAAGCGAACAAAGAGCUUUACUCUUUUACUUCUACAAAACGAACGAAAUCAACAUAAUUGUUAAGCGCGCAGCCGUUGGGUUUUUGGAAAUGUGGGGGUUUUGAAAAAUGUCUAUAACCGUUGAUCCUGAAAACCCAUUCCUCCGUACCGAAAGCGGUACGGUUCCUACAAAACCUUGUUAAAAGAUCACACAGGACAUACACACGCCGGUAUCACGCUGGACGUGAUUAUUCGAUGUAACCGAAUGGGUGUUGUUAAAGUUGUAAAAAAAAACCAGCAAUUGAAUGUGGGAACACUCGGCAACACUCGCUUUGUAACGAAAUGGAAACUCACUUGGUCGCUCUUACUCUCAACGACAUCCUCGUAUAAUGGUUUAUGGUAGCUCAAGUGCCCAUAUACGACCUCCAAACCCCCCCCCCCCCCCCCCCCCCAGAACAAAAGCGCACCUCAACCAGCCAGCAGAAGGCUACAUUAAACACUUUUAAACACGAAUGUCUUUCCCGCCCUCGCUAGGCUAAACGUAAUUCCUCAUGCAAUCAAACGCUUCAAAGCGCAACAUCAAGCAGCGGGUCACCCCUACAAGGAGAGUAAGUAUGGCCCUUUGCUUUAACUCUUUAACGUACCAUUCUUUCCCAUGCCUGCGUAGCGUGCGUAGUGCAAAACGGCGGUAGCAUAAGUAAAUGAGAAUGGAAGGCAAACUUUUCACCACGUGACACGACAAGUGAAAGCAACCGUGUGAUCAUCGCCAGUUACCAUAGUGCCCUAGUAGUUUCCUGUGCUAAGCGGGAAUUUAGUAUUUCGCACUAACGGAUGCGAACUUCCCGCCCUGGGUGCUGCUCUCCCUCGGAGCAAUCAACGUCGUAAUAGAGUGGGGAACGUUGUUGCAUUGAAAUCACUCUUCCGUUUCAAACACGGGCGCGCUUGGAAUGCUAGCUUUAACGCUUGGCAAAAGGGAUGAGGAAAUGAAACUUCCUGCGAAUGCUGAACAGUUUCGCGUGUCUCUUAUGCUCAUUAGUAUGAUUUUCAGUGACUGACAGCCACAGUAUUAACUUUUUAAAACGACUGGAAUUUGAAUCAGCGACUCUAGGUGAUUUGAAAUCGCUGUAUAAUGUAGCGAAUUGUUAGUUAAAGCGUGUACCUUUCAAUUCCUGGAACUCAUUGUUUAUCCAUCAUUGUUCAUCCAAAAAAAGAAACGAAUUUGCAUGACUAAUCAUUGAGCUACAUAAUCCAUUAUACGGAUGAUCGGUCGUAUCGGGCGAGUAAGAGUGUGAAGCAUUUAAAAAGAAAGACUAGCAAAAUAAACAUAUGCAAAACAUAAUUAAACGUACACAUGAUGUGUGACCGUUGUUGCCCAAAACACCCGCACAAAUGAUGUCAAUUUCACAACCUAAUGGAAACCGUUUUUACACGUUAUUACAAUAGUCCUGAUAUAGUAAAUAUAUGGAAGGAAAACAUUACAGUAAGAAAACAAACCUCCUUUUCAUGGCGCUUACAGUCGUAACAAUUGCACGUUGGUAAGGAGUGUGUUUUGAAAGGUAUAAAAAAAUCCUGCUUAAAUGUUCCGGGGGCGCAAUCGACGAUUAGUAACACAAAUCCGGUGUCCGCAAUUAAGCAAAAAAUAGACAAAAGAACUGAACAAUUUGAUGCCGAUCUGCAGAGGUGUGACAUAAAUGCAUAGGAGGAAACAAAACAUAACAUUUCUUGCUAAGCGAUAGUAUUUCUUUGACCUUUUUUCGGAGAACACGAAGAAACGGUAUGCCAAGAGCGAAGAUUACAUUUUCAUUACAAUAAUUAAAGUUUUCAUCGCCUUUUUGCGUAUUGUGUGCAUGUGUAAAAGCUUAUUCACUCGCCUAAUCAAAUGCUUUUUACAUAAUUAAGUUUUUUUUUGUUCUUCUUGAACUAAGACACUUUUUUUCUUUCCUUACCUAUUGUUUCAUGGUAAGCUGCCCAUUGCAAGAACGUUAACCAUACAAUACGAACGAACGUGUCGUUGUACAUAGAAUCAUGUAACAUUAAACAUUAACUAUAACAAUCAGCAUAUAACUACACCACUAACAAUAUACAUCAUAUGCGACGAAAGGGAGAUAAGACGCGGAAAAGAGAAAGGUAGAUGGCGACAGGAGGUAUAUAAAAAAUUAAACCACUCAGUACGAGGAUAGCGUAGCUCAUUCUAAUUUAUUCCGACAAAAAAAACCGACAGACAUCAGAUGGAACAGUUGGAUCAACUGGCACAGCUGGUAGACAGAGGGUAUGCACAUCCGAUGAACGCCAUCACCGCUGGCCAAGGCUGAUUCGCCGACACAUUUGAAGGAAUUAUUAACUAUAGAUUAGUAUUGAAUCUAGCAUUUAAAGCAUAAUUGUAUGUUUUCCACUAAGCUCCUAUAGCUCUCUAGCUGUAUAGCAAGCAGAAAGUUGCACUGAUGCAUCCCGAUUUCCCGACUCUUCCUUCUAGAUAAGCGUAUAUAUUAGCAAAGCACAUUGUAAAUUGAAUUGAUCGGAAAGCCGUCAAGAAUGUUUGGCUGUACGUACGACCUCUGUGCGUGUGUUGAGUAUGUGUAUGCCUGCGUAUGUAUGUAUGCGUGUUUGGAAAUGUAUGUGUGCGUGUAUGAAAUGCAGUUCCUUAAGCACUAUCUGACCAAAACCGGCCCCUGCUCAGCACCAAACAGUCCAUACCUCGGCUGUAUACGUACAGCAACCAAAUGCCACCAAUCUUACCUUCUGUUUCCUUAAUAAUUCACCCUUGACAAUCAUCGUCGUGCGAACCCCAUAUCUUGUGGCAUGUUCUGUAUGCCAUUCUACAGUGCGUUUCAAUCUUUUUCUUUCAAUCAAUAAAAAGCGUCCAUUAACUUAAACUAUUGCUCAACGAAUUAAACAAAAAAUACCUUACAAUAAAAACUAUUCAACCUCCACCAGCUGGAAAAAUACAAACAAACUAACAAAUACGGCUGGCGAGCGAUCGCCACGAACGAUACCAAAACACAUGCAUAUGAUAAGAGUAAA